AUGGCGUCCACUCCAGCAAGCAGCGAAGUAGAUCCCGAAGAAGAUGCCGGGGAAAUAAGAUUGGACGUGCACAACACCGGACAAGCUGCCGAAUAUCCCGACUUUGCAAUAAUCUGGUCGUUUCUGGUGAAUUUUAAACACCUUUUACACUUUCCUGACCUAACUUUGGACAAUUUGGAGGAUGGGUUUAACAACCAUUCGCCGGAAAAUGGUAAUUGAUGUCAAUUUCUUCAUUUAGUUGUAAAUUUCAGGACUUGUUUCUGCAAAAACGGACGAGUUCUUUUACUUCAAUGACACAUGAUGACACUUUUGAAGGCUUUCAUAGCCUUGCGGUUUUGUUUUUAGGCUGCAAAUGACAACGCCUUAUGCAAGAUCGCUUAUAUUCGUGUGAUACGGCGAAGCUUUUGUUAGACGCGCGAACAAAGCGCUUUUAUUUCAAACAGCUGCAGAAUUUCACUGGAGUGUCAAUUGUGACUUUUUUGACGAUUUUAGCUCGGAUGACUUUGUAGUUUCCAGAUUAACGUGUAAAUACUAUGGUUAUCGUUUUGUCUUUACCUAAGAAAGUACUUUUGCGUGCAACGUUGUGGAUUUCUCGAUCAUCGUUAUGCGGUGAAAGCAAUUCGGUGUCAAGCGUUAUAUUUAUAAAUACUAUGACUACAUAAGAGUCCAUGUUUUUAUGCAUUUUGGGCGAGUUUGAAUUUUUAAUUUUGUGCUUGGAUUGUUUGGGUUCGAUGCUGUUAUAACGAUCUUGUGGAAAUUUCGUCUUAAUGUUAUCUUAAACGAUUAUCUUUUUAGUCUAUGUUGUAAUUCGAUAAGUCCUUGUAAGAAAAAUCCAGUUCUUGUUUUCGACUCAUAAACUAAUCUUUCAGUUGUCUUUGAUCUCCUUUGCAAUGUAUAUAAGAAGGAGUUGGUGUUUGUGGGAAUUUUUUUUGUGAUUUAUCUACUCCAGUUCACAAUUAUAGUUAAAUCUUCAGUUAAAAAAUGAAUAUGGUUUAGUUGGAUCUCACAUUUUGUAACUUAAACUUUAUUUUCACUCGAAAAAUUAAAAGACUUUGGUGACCUCCUUUUGGGAGAAGUCCAAACAAUUGUCUUUCAAUGAACUCCUGACUGAAAGAAAUAAGUGCCUCAUACCUCUCCCCUCUUUUCUUAGUGAGUUAGGGGGGAGGGGAGAGGCAGAAACUUGCUCCAAACAGCUGGAGAAGAGGCCAGAGGUUUAAAGGCUUUUUUGCGGGUAAAUUUUUUUUAUUCACACAACUGUUACUAAGUGAAGUUUAUCAAAAUAUGUAGUAAAGUUGUGCCUGUAAUUUCUUUCUAUUUUCAUGAAUUGAUUGUUGACUAGCAGAAGAUUGUGGACGAUAUUAUCUAAAAGGAAACUGUAAAAGCAAAAAUUAUAUAAAUCUCUCUCAACUUUCGUUAUUUUUGCUUUAUUUAGCAUUAAGGGUUUUAAGGUGAACUUUUAGAUCUUUGAUUACCAAAUAAUCUUUCAGAAGUUCUUUUGAUUUAACCAGUAUUAACCUUUGGUAAGAUUGUACAGCAGUUGUAAAUUUUAAUACAAGUGAAGAUGUCGCCCACGUCAUCAAACAAUCUACCAAAUGAUGUUAUUCCUUGCUUUGUAAAAUGGACUGUUUUAUAAUAUUACUGUUUUUGGUCAACAGUUGGACAUCUUUGAAAUUGUUGUUAUGUAGAAAGCUUUAAUGCAAUUUGAAAUGAAUUUCUGCUCAAAAUUGCCACAACUAGUUGGAUAUGUCUUUCACUUUAUUCUAGAUAAGUGACAAAGGCAGAGUUUCUCCUUACAAUAUCAGACAAGUGAUGAGAACAAAGAAAAAUAUCAAUAAGGAGAUUAUUAGUAAAUACAGAUUCUCCAAAUUCUCUGAACUAACAUCAUAAGAAAUGUAUGGCAUUCAGUAAGGAGAGUUACUCAUUAGAUCUUUGGAUUAAAAAGGUUAAAAAUAGAAAAACAGGAACCAAACUGGUUUGAAUUCAUUUUAACGUGAACUAAUUUUAAACUACAAAAACUAUGUCUUUCACGUUAUUUUGAUCACACUUAUAUAAUUUCAUAUUUUUGCAGGUAAUGUUGAGAUGCUAGUGGAAUUAUAUGUGAAGCUUUUGAGACGAUUGGGGAUCUCUGUUAACGUGGAAAAAUGGGAGAAAUCUUUACUGAAGGUUUGUGUUAAGAGCAUUAAUUCAAGAUAGUAGUAUUGCCUUGUACAAGUUAACCCUUUAACUCUCAUGGAUGUCCAAGAUAGAAUUUCUCCUCACAGUAUCAAUAAAAUAUCAACCAGAUAAGUGAUUUGGGGAUAAUGAGGUGAUCCAAUACUAAAUUCUCUGAACUUAUAUUAUAAGAAUUGUAUGGUUGACAGUAAGGAGAGUUACAAAUUUAAUCUGGGAGUUAAAGUGUUAAAAACAGGCCCUUGAUCUACUCUUAAACUGUUUUGAUGUGAUCCCAUCACUGUGAGCACAUUUGUCAAGUCAUGGUCUAAUGUUUUUAAAGCAUUUUUUGCAAACCAAAUUUAAUUAUUUUAGAUUUUGCCAAAUCAUAAUCCUUUAAUGAUUUGUGCUCUGGUAAAAAUAUUUCGAGGACAUGCUCUAGAAAAUGCCUUUAACUCUCAGAAGUGAUUAACAUGUAACUUCUCCCUAUAAUAUCCAUAAAUUAUCCAGCAAACAGGUAAUAAGAAUACCCAAAGUUAUCAAGGAGAAAUUGUUAUCUUCAUCUAACACCAAAUUCUUGUCACUAAUUUACAAGGAAAUGUGUAGCAGCUAGAGGGGAGAAUUAACAAUCAGAUCUUGGGAGUUAAAGGGUUACUUGGAAACCGCUUUGUUGUUGCUGGAUACUGCUUUGAUAACCCUUUAAGCCCUGUGCGUGAAUUUGUUGUGAAAAUUCUCUUGACUUAACUUGAAUUAUUGUCUUCUAUAAAUUAUUAUGAGAAUUUGAUAAAGAUCAGGGGAAAGUCACUUUGUUGGUUACUGGUAAUUCUUUGAUUCUCUUCAUAUUUUACUGGUAAUUCUGAUGAUGUGCUGAUAAUUUACUGUUAGGUGAAAUUUGAUGGUGACCACUUUUGGGGCUUAAGAGAAUAUUUGAAACUUUUUAAAAAUUUUUAUGCUAUUUAUUGAGCAGCCUUUACUCUCUUGAGCAUGCACCGAACCCCAGCCCCAACCAUUCUCUCCUUAUUUGAAACAAGGACCCCCUUCGUUCCGCCUCCAGAAGAAAUUGGUAUUGAUAUUGGGCCAUGGUAUUCUGCAUGCUUUUUCAAUAUUCACCAUAAAACCUUACUGGUAAUUAUCAGUGAGAUUAUGAACUCUACUGAUGUAUUUAACCCUUUAACUCCCAUGAGUGACCAAGACAGAACUUCUCCUUACAAUAUCAAUACAAUAUCAAGCAGACAAGUGAUGAGAAUAAAGAAAAAUAUCAGUCAAGGGAUUGUAAGUUGAUCCAAUACCAAUUCUCCAAACCAACAUCACAAGGGCUGUAUAGCAGACAGUAAGGAGAAUUACUAAUGAGAUCUUGGGAGUUAAAGAGUUAAAUAAGGUUAGCCUCUACCUCAAAACAUGAUGGCCUAAUGAUUAGCGUAAUGAACUGUGGGUUAAGGGGUCUGGUUUUAACCCUACAGACCCUAACAUCAGUAUGCAUAUUCUCCAUACUGUUCUCCAGACACUUCCAAAGAGGCUGACAAGGAGAAUUUGUUUAAAAAUCAAGAGUUGCUUUAGUUGGUGAUCAUCUCCUUUAUUCUCAUGACCUCCAUGUUAGAUUCAGAGGUUUGAUGUUAGUCACUCUAAGGAGUUAAUGGGUUAAUUGAGACCUUGUGGGGUCAUUAUGUCGUUUUGGGUUAUAUACUUUACUCUCACAGUGCCUGUGUCAUUCACCAAGGAGUAUAAAUGCGCACGUGCACGGAUACUGUCAGGGGGAAACCUGAUGAAUGUUGGGGGAGAGGGGAAGGGGAAGGGGAAGGGGAACAACCUCUGAUUAACUACAUAUAGCAUCUCAUCAGCAUCUCUGUUUCAGGUUGCUAAAGAACACAGCAUGGACUGUGCAUGGGAUUUGGAACAAUUUGGUUAUGAAGAACUUAAAGUUUCAUCCAAACUGGAACUUUUCAAGGUUUGUGUCCUUAUAGGAAUCGAUUUCUUUAACCUUCUAACUCUCUUGAGUGACCAAGAUAGAAUUUCUCUUUACAAUGUCAAUCCAAUAUCAAGCAGACAAGUGAUGAGAAUAAAAGAAAAAGAUCAAUUAGGAAAAUAUUAGUUGAUCAAACACCAAAUUCCCUGAACUAAUAUCAUAAAAAUUGUAUGGUAGACAGUGAGGAGAAUUACUAAGAAGAUCCUGGAUUGAAAGGGUUAAAUUUUAAUGUUUUCUUCUCAAUUUGGUUUGUUUAGCUUGUCUUGAAGAUUUAACUUAAUAUAUCUUUAAUCUGUUAUCUUCUAGUUACUUCUGGAGUGUCAGUUUGAUCAGAAUGACAAGCUCAAGAGCUCUGUAAACAAAACAUUUGAAGCUGAUGAAUUGCGAAUGCAGCCAAUUGGACGGGAUCUAGAUGGGUUUAUAUAUUGGUAUCAUGAGGUACUUAGUAAAUUUGUUUUUACUUGAAAAAUUUAUGACCAGUAGCCCUUAAACUCCCAAAAGUGAUUAACAUGAAUCUUCUCCCUAAAGUAGCUGUACAUUAUUCAGCAAACAGGUUAUGAGAAUAUUCAAAUGUAUCAGGUAGAAUCUGCUAUCAAAAUCACUAUCAAAAUCAAACACUGAGUUCUCAUAACAAAUUUACAAGGAAAUGUCUAGCAGCUAGAGGGGAGAAUUAACAAUCAGAUCACAGGAGUUAAAGGGUGAAGGUGAAAGUAAUUCAUAGCUGGUUAAGUCUGUACUUUUCCUUUCUUUCUGGUGAAUUAUUAUAAUUCCCAGACAAAAUAAAGUGUAUGAAUUAACCCAGUUUGAAAUUAUUUUGGCCUGAUAUAAACCUUUUGGCCUUAGGAGUGACCAGCAUCUGAUUUCUCCUUACAAUAUCACCCCCGAAUGACAUAUUAAGGACACAAGAAUAAAGGAAAUGAUCACACCAAAGAAACUUUUGAUUGUGAAAUAAAUUCUCCCGGUCAGCACCUUAGGAAAUGUAUGGUGAAAGUAUUGAGAAUAUGCAUCCUGAUGUUAGGGUUUAAAGGGCUAGAUACAACUACAUACACAUGCUUUUUGGUCGGUCCCUCUUUGAUGCACUAACUUGAGAUGCAAGUUUCACUUAAAAAUGAUUCUUACCGGUAAUUAGAAACAAAUGGAAAAAUAAAAGAUAACUUAAAUAGCAUAAAACAGUGAUUGCAUAAUAAGCACUAGUAUUUUCCUCAUAAUUUUGUGAAGGCAAGGCCAAAUUUAACUUGACCUACUUGUACAAGGAAUCUUUUCAUUUACAUGUGGUCUGUGGAAAACUGACCUUUCACUUUUGAGUAUUUUGCAAUUCAAGCAAAUUUCUUGAACCGUGUCAGAAGAAAAACCCUGCUGUUAUGUGGCUUUUGGUGAUUUUUUUAUAAUGAUUUGUGAGAUAACAUUGACAUUUUGGCAGAUAUGCAAACAUGUAUGCAGUGAUGAAAAAUGUAUUUUAACUUCACAGACUUGAUAUCACAAUGUUGAUGAUCAAGAAUGAAUCAUAAUCUUCUCUCUGAGCAUACAUGUGACAAACCUUACCCAACUGCACCAUUUAGAUUUUUAAUAACAUUUGGAUCACAAUGUCAGUUCUUUGUAUUAUCUUCUACUCAUUUCUCAUAAGUUUGGUUCUGAGAAUUUCUGUUUCCAUCCUGAACUCAAUAUCUUCCGUCAUCUUUUUACCAUUCUGCUGGAUGACAUGUUGAUAUCAUUAAAAAAGAAAAGUACUUACAGGUCAAAUCCUGGCUAUAAAAGUGUUAUGAUGCAUGAUGUAAACUUUGUUUUGUGUUGUCCUUUAAAAAACAAGUUUAAGGUGGAUUUAAAAGGUCAUAGACAUUGGUGCUAGUAAUACAUUGCAAUCCAUUUUGUAGGAAUAAUGAUUGAUGUUAAUGCAAUAUUAUGCUGGUUAACUGUCCUGAAUGGUGACCAAAACUUAAUUUGCUAUUUUAGAAAUGCAUUUUUUAAAUUGUAGGAUGGUGCCAAUGGUGUGAGGCUGUACACUACAGAAGAAGAUGAAGUGAGCUGUGAAUCAUGGAGAUUGUUAGCCAGGUAGACGACUGAAUCCGAUUUUUCUUCACCCGAUGCUUAUAACAAAAAUCCCUUUUUAUUGUGUUCCAGCUCCAAAAUUACCUUCCUUCUUCAUCUCUUUAAAAAUAUGGAGCUGACCACAUUUUGUCCUACUUUGUUUUUCAAUUUUUUUGCCAAACUACAACAAAAAAUUUUACAUGGAAGCAGGAUCAGCUUAGUUAAAUGCACCAAUUUGUAUGGCAAGAAAAAUUAAAUGGGACCAUGAUAUAAGAGCAAAAGUUUGUACAAAUUUGUAACAAUGAGCAAGGCAGGUAGGUGUGAACAUUGUUGAUUAGGAAUUUUUCAAGUUUAUUUUUGAAGGAUGCUAGAGUUGCAGUGUUUGAAUUGCUCUACCAUGGGCACCUUGCUUUCUCCAGCAGUACACGAGAUGCUUCUCACUGUGAAACCAUCUAUUGGUUGAGCAAGGGUGUAUUCAAGAAUCUUUCAGGGGAGGGGGGGAGGGGGGUCCAAACUUUGAUGGAAAGAGCAAAGAAUUUUUUUUUACAAUUUUUACAUGACAAGUAACAGGCACUCAUGUUUUUGCAAGAAUUUUGAUGUGAGAUGAGUGAUAAAUUAAGCCACAGGUUUGAAACAAAAGGUGUGCACUUCCUGGAACCUCCCUCUGGCUCUACCACUGUUGAAUAUCCAACUGGAACAUUGUGACAAACUUGAAACAUGCUUUGUUGAUUAUGACAAGUAUUCAAUUGUUUUGCAGAGAGACAGAUGAACUAGCUUCUGUUGUGGAAUAUUUGGAAACCAAGUCUGUUGUGAAUCCCAAAGAAAUAGCCCUUGCAAAAAGAGAAGAGAUGAAAAAGAAAGGAGAAAUAAAGAGUCCUGGGAAAAAGAGAGGAAGAAAAAGUAAGUUGUGUUGGAAGGUUUUUUUUUUUUCAUUGCCUUAGCAAAUCUUUGAUAAAAUUAUGAAUGUUUCAUGGAGAUCUGUGUUUUUGAGAAAGGUCUACUGUUGCUUAACUUGUCUUGGAAUGUUGGUUUUGCAAAUUGGACACUGGGAAAGAUUUUAAGAGUUUCAGUUCCAGGUCAGAUAUGAUAAGCCAUCAUGUAACCCCCUGUCUGUGCCGCAUAAUUUAAUGACAAAAAAAUAGACAGGGAAAUAUUGACAAUAAUUUUCUACCUUCUUUGCAAGAUUUUCUUAUUACCCCCUUGAGAUACACUUUUUCCAAGGUUCAAUCUGCAUUUUAAUAACAUUUUCAAGUAAAAUUUACUUAUUACCUCAUGAUAUCAAUAUAUAAACUCAUGUAUGAUAUUCAGUUCACCUUAAGAUCAUUUUUGCAUAAACAUUUUCCACUCAAGAAGCAUAUUCCAUUCCAAGAUCUUUGUAUUUUCCACUCAAAAUAUACAUUACGGGUAGAGUUUAGUAGAAAUGUUUGAAAAGAAAUUGAAAAUAAAAACACGUGUAGCUAACCUCGCAAAAAUAUUUUAUAAGUUACUUCUCUACAACACGAUUCCCUCUCUUUUUGCUGUCAUCUGUAGGCAAAAAGAAAGAAUCAAUACAAGAGGAGGACUAUGAUGAUGACAAUCCAUGUGCAAGAUGUUUUUCUAAUGUCAGACCAGAUUCGGUGAGUUCAUUUAAAUUUUACUGUGCUGUAAAAAUUGACACACUGAGGCUAAACCCUUAACCCUUCAAUGCCCUAAGAGUGACUAACAUCUAAUUUCUAAACUUUCAACACGUUUGAGCACAGCUCAUAAAAAGUAAACAUUUCAACUUUCAUCGCCCACCUGACGAGCAGAGUUUGGCAACCGAAAACAGCUUUAAGUUAUAGCGGAUUGCCUUCUGCUGCACAGCGCUCGUGGUAACUUAUAGAUAUGAUAAAGAUCAGAAGGAAAGAUACAUUUUACCUCGUCCAGGAUAUACAGCUUGAAAACCAUGACUAUAUUGUCGUUACCUCGACCAGAGGCUUGUUACUAAUUUUUGUUUUAUUUUGUCACAGAUUUUACUUUGCGAUAAGUGCGAUGCUGCGUACCACACCGCUUGCCUUCGUCCUCCUCUGCUGACCGUGCCCCAGGGAGACUGGUUCUGCCCUUUCUGUCAACAGGUAGAGUAAAUUUGAAGAGUCCGUUUUCCCUUAAACCAUUAUAGAUUCUCUUUAGAGUGUUAAAUUUUAUCUGGGGAAACGCCCACGUGAGAGCAAUUUUCAGUGCAGAGUCCAAAGUAAUCAAAUGCAUUGGUCUUGCCUUCCAAUACUUUACGAUAGCUCCAAAGUCCAAAGUAAUCAAAUGCAUUGGUCUUGCCUUGCAAUACUUUACGAUAGCUCCAGAGUCCAAAGUAAUCAAAUGCAUUGGUCUUGCUUUGCAAUACUUUACAAUAGCUCCGGCAAUUUCGCGCCAGUUUUUGCAACCAAUAAGAAUGUAAAGAGCGAGCUAAUCACGAUUUGGAGACUCGUGUUUUCCCGCGCUUGAAGUGACUCGUGUUUACUUCAAAUUUUCAUUGGCUUGUGGUGUUAUUUUCUUAGCUCUCAUUUGCCGAUAUGGUUACGCUUGGUUUGUCGCUGUAAAAUUAAAUGCGAGCGCUUAAUUUUUUAAUUUCAUCUUAUCCUUAUACAGAAGGGAACGUUUUCUUUUUCACUCAAUCUGGCAGUAUCUACCUUCCUUUCUUCGUCCAAGUUCUAUUUUGAUAGUCUCAGGCCCACACACGUUACCAAUCGCUACCUUAGCAGAACCUUUUUCAAGGUAGAGGAUGCCAACAGUCUACUUCUGCAAGGAUCGUCUCCUUGUUUUUUUCGGGGAGGGGGAGGGGGACUUCCCUCUAGAUAGAGAACUUACUCCUUUAGUCGCGUCAUACCAAACGCAAAUAUGUGCGUGCGCCAUUAAGCGUAGUAAUAAAUUAUGCUCCAGAAGAAGAAAAAGAAAUUUUUAGAUCAAAAAGGAAAUCACUCUAAAUUUUUUGGAAAUCCAUGUAAUAAAAGCGACUUGUAUAUCAAUCGCUUUCAUAAACUUGGGAUGUCCUUGGGAUGUCCUUGGGAUGUCCCUGGGAUGUCCUUGGGAUGUCCUUGGGAUGUCCCUGGGAUGUCCUUGGGAUGUCCUUGGGAUGUCCUUGGGAUGUCCUUGGGAUGUCCUUGGGAUGUCCUUCGAAGGUUUAAGAGAAGAGUUUAAUUAGUGUAACUUUGCUUUUUUUCAGUUAGCAUUGUUGGAUAUUCUAAAGGAGAAGAAGACAAGGUUAGCUGCCAGGCUAAAGUUGAGACAGAGACAAGCAAAAAGGUGACAUUCUUGCGUUUCUUUCACUUUUCACAUAUGCUUCUACCUUAUAGUGUGCGUGACUUUUAACGAAUGAACGUGCAAAACGAACAAAUGGAAUAGCGAAUGUAAGAAUGAUCUAGCGAGCUAACGAAGAACGAACGAGUAAAUUAACCUACGAACCCAUAGAAUGAAGGGUUCAGCGAACGAAGACCGAACGAACGAGCCGAGGAACGAGCAAAAUGAAUCAACGAAUCAUCGAACGAACGAUCGAGCGAACGAAGAUUGAAAGAACAUAUGAAACAACGAAGCUGCGAACGAACAAUCGAGCGGGCGUACGAAGACCGAACGAACGACCCGACGAACGUACGAAUGAACUAACGAACAUUCGUACGAAUGAUGAAGCGACCGAACAAGGAAACGAUUAAUGAGCGAACGGAAUGAAUGUAUCAAGGGAGCAAAGUGUCAUUAACUUCUCCUAACUCUGAACAAGAGCUUCACAAGAGCCACAUCGGUGGAUGACGACCGCUAUCCCCGUUGCGUCAUCCGUGUUCGUCUGCUCGUCAAUUUCUGGUCACAAUCACAAAAAAUGAUUCUCGCUUCGAUAGUUUAUUAGGAAAAAGGAGAUUUUUGCAUCGUAGUUGCAUUGCCAUCUGGUGUAACAUGAGACAGACCUUCUUGGAGGAGUAACAGUCGAGUUUCGUUCAUCAUCUAAAUGAUUGGAAUCGUGUGCAAAAGUGCGAUGAAAAUUUGACAAUUUUUGCCUUGAUAUGGUAUGCGUUACAUUAGGAAAGCUAUAUCUUAAGAACACCGUAAAAGAAUUAGUUCAAUAGAGGCAUUGACUCUGGAUUUUACCGUUGAUUUGUGCCUUGUUGUCUGCAGCUAGCGAGGGUCUCUUUCAGUUUGGUAUUAAGACGAGAAUUCGUUUUUGUUCUGCAGGCCAAAUUUCUUCUAAUGCUCAGGAUUUCAUAAUUGUAAUCCAAACCUGCAGUUUUCCUUCCAAAGUCACCUGAAGAGUAAAGUCUAUUGUCCGUUUAUUGUUGAUGAAGGUGUGAAUACUAUGUCAUUUUGAGAGUUACCCCUUUACACCCCAACAUCAAUAUGCACUUUCUCCAUACUGUGCUCUAAUCAUUUCCUAAAGUUCUGACAAGGUGAAUUUGUUUAACGAUCAAGAGCUUCUUUAGUUGAUGAUCACUUCCUCAAUUCUCAUGACUUUUGACUUUUGACUUUUGACUUUGAUUCAGUACUGACACUGUAAGGAGAAAUCAUAUACCAGUCACUCCUAGGAGUUAAAGGGUUAAAAACCAUUUUGCUUGAAUCAUACGCAUUGCUAUGCCUACACCAAACUUCGUAAUGUGGAUAAGACAAAAAAAACAAUUGCCCUUUUUAAGUGUUUUGCUUGUUUGCCAAAAUUUCUUGUACUCUCUAUAACACCAGCUAUCUUUGCAUAACGGAUCACAAACUUUUCUAAAUUACAAACAUUUAAGGAGGAAAGUACUCAAGAGCUUUUUUAUUUGGUGAUCAUUUCGUUUAUUCUCCUAACGUUAAUGUUUGAUUCAGGGAUGAUAUUGUAAUAAGAAAUUAGGAACCAUUUUAUUAGAAGUCUAAGGGUUAAUAUAAUUUCGGUUACAAAAGAAGAUAUAAAAUUGGAUUAAUUCUGAAUUGAAAUCAAUUCUUUGUGGCAUAAAUGUGAGUAGAAUCCCUAAAGUAUGUAGAAACUUAAACCUGCACAACAUCGAUUCAAAGAGGAGGAGCAGUUGAUUAGAUUAUUAAUCUUAAAAAAAUCUUCAAUUUUUUUUUUCUCUUCAAAGAAGAAAAAUUUGAUAUCUGAAUUCGGAAAAUAAAAUCGGCCAAAAAUAAUUGGCACUUCUUUAAGGAGUGGUUAAAAGUAUGUUUAAUACUGUAGAUAUAUAUAUCAGAUGAAUUUAAAAAGGGAAAUGUAAUUGUCUAAGAAUUGUACUAUUUUGUAUGUUUCCUUUUGGGAGAUUUUUAUGAAGCGUAAUUAAAUUAUUUUGAAAUGAAUAAAUUUAGAGAUAUUAACUUUGAAUCAGUCGUCGUUAUUUCGUUUUGUUUCUAUUAUCCCUGUGCGAUUUUCUGCCUAGCUGCAGAUUAUAUAAUAAUCAUAUCAAAAUCCAAAGUUUCAGAAUAAAUUAUCAGUUCCACCUGCAAGUUAUUGCUUGUUAAAAAUAAAUUAUCAGUUCCACCUACUAUCGCGACCAAUUUUUUUCCUUCAGUAUAUAAUAAAAUAAUUAUUUGAUUCGGUUUUUGUGAUAGCCAGUAUAAUCAAGGUCUCAGUAAGGGUACCUCCACCUUUAUUUUUCCGGAUAUCAAAGAAACCUUUUCCGAUAAUUGUUUAAUUUGAGGCUGAACUCAGCCGAUAGCGCUUAGAGAUCGAUGGCGAAUAAUCUGCCUAUUUUAGUAUCAAUCUAGUUGUGGUUCAAAACUUAACAACCAGACAAGCCCAAGAUUUUAUUAAUUUUGUUACCAUUCGCACGCUAUCCAUCACGGAUUAGGCUGCGAGUGACGUUACUAAUUAGAUAACGACAUGUAGUACGAUGUUUACACUUUCCAAAUUAUCGAUUUCGGUUUAAGUGUUCUAUUUAAGUCGUGUCUCCAGUCGUCGGCACAGAUGUCCACGAAGGAGAACAACUGUUUCAUUAAACUGGAGUUGCUCUGAGCCGUUUGAGUGGCACAUGUUCCACUAUUGAUUCAGUGGUCAUGCGUGGCAGGUCAAAGGCUGCAUGCUUAUGAUCAAGAAACAAGAGGCGUGCAGCACAUUCUUAAUACGUAGUUGUCUGCCAUCAUUGUGGUGGUUGUUGUCGGGAAAAAUUGAAAAUAUUUCCCUUUAUUGUGGGAAAAUAAUGAUUUUUAGUUAACCAAAUGUGCUACAUCUCGUUUCAUUAUCACGUUUCGUUAUAAACAAGGGCGAUAGGAGCGCAUUUGGUUUCUAUCUAGUACGCAUGCGCAGUUUUGCACAUGGUAAACAGUUAUUUUUAUGUGUUUUUUAGGUUGGGUUUUGCUGGUAUUGAUCUGAACAACAUCUUACAGGUAUUUAAUAGAUUUUUCCUUCACUUACUAAAUUAUCUUUUUGUUUACAUGUUUAUUUACCUACUUGUUAAUUUUGUUUGUUUAUAUUUUGUCGUUGUCGUUGUUGUUGUUAUUGCUUAUUUUUUUGAAGAGAUUUGUUGAAAGUUAGUCCAACAAAAUUCUGAGUGGCUUUACUGUCAUGUUAAUACAAUUUAUGAUGUGGGUACAGUUAAUUAUUCUGUGAUGUGUUGCCUAAAACGGCUUCACCCUUCGCCUUUACCGUAUUAUUUAACCCUUUAACUCCUAAGAUCUCAUUAGCAAUUCUCCUUACUGUCUGCCAAACGAUUCUCAUUAUGUUAGUUUGGAGAAUCUGAUAUCUGAUCAAUUAAUAUUCCCACAAUUGAUAUUUUUCUUUACUCUCAUCACUUGUCUGCAUGAUAUGGUAUAGAUAUAGUAAGGAGAAAUUCUGUCUUGAUCACUCACGGAAGUUCAAGAAUUAAGCCCACAAAGAAAAAAAGAAACAUUUAGGAUACUUUUUUGUGUCCUAAAAGAUUUUACGUUGGCUUUUUACUUACACCUGCCGUUUUGUGUCGUCUUUUAAUUUUAGAUUUUUUUUUUUGCAACAUUUCACACUCCUCAGUUGUGCUUUUAUUCAAUGUUAUUACCCCUACACGCGAUUCUGUUACACUUAUGAAUCAUCCAUUUUUUUUAAUCUAAUCAUCGAUGUAUUAUUGGCUUACUUACUCCGUGCGUUGUAUGGUCGACUAUGUGGGAUGUACUCUGUUACACAGCCUGCUAAAAUAUAAAACUGUGUUUGUCGCCAAUUUUUCGUUUUUAGUACCAGUCACUAUUUACUCGUUAAGGGGGGGAAACAUGAAUUUAAAUCGUCGCAGAGUCUGCUGCUAGUAAGGGGGGGAAUUAUAGGACUUUUCAAAGCCUUAUGAGGGUCAGGUAAAUUUUAUCGUCAAAAUACUCCUACCGGCCUCCUCUUCUCCCCACUGGGAGGAUAAAUAAUGACCAGACCUUGAAGGGGAAAUAAAUGGAAAAAUCCUUUGAAAGUAAAAAUCCUUUAACUUUAAAUUUGUAUUCAAACACACUUUUUAAAUUUACUAUUUAGAACUGCUUUUCACGUGCGUUGGUCACUUGAAGUUGUUCUUCGUUUCUCACGGUACGAACUUCGUACUGGGUUAGUAGGAGGUAUAUAUUUACAUUUUUAUUUUUAUUUUACACUAUCAUAGAGAACAUCAGACGACGAAGAAGAGCUAGGAAUCAGACGGUCUGGUCGCUCGAGAAAAAACGUCGACUACACUUUUAAAGAAUUCGAGGACGAUAUCACAUCGGCCGUCGAGAACGACAAAAAGAGAUUCAAAGGAGAGGAAGUUAAUGGAGAGGAAAAACAUUUGCUGUUCUCCAAACCGGCUUACGAGUCCGGAAACCUGGAGCGGUUACAUCAGCGGAACACCCGAAGAUCUCGUCGACUGAUGGAUCUUGAUUACGAAAGCGGCUCGGAGUCUCCGACGAGCGGAUACGAGUUCGAAGGUAACUCGGAUGAGGAUGUUCGGGGGAAAUCCGAGGCGCUUACUCGGCUUCGAAGGACUCGAAGGAUUAUUGAUGAAGACGAUGAUGAUAAUGAUAGCAAAGACGGAGAGGAUUCGACGAGAACCGAAGGUAAGAAAGGAAAUAAACGUGACAAUGAGGAUAGUUCAAAGGAGAAAGCUGUAACUUCAGAAUCGAAAGGAAAUCAAAAGGACGACAGGAAGUCGGACAAUGAGCGACUAAAGACGAGUGUAAACGGAGGGGAGGCCGUAAAAACAAACGUUGCGAGCUCAGGGAGCGAAGCAGAAGUUGGGGCUGUUAAUAUUCCACCUGCUCACGCGCUCCAUGGCAACAAGAUCCAUCCACACUCGAGGAUUGCAUCUGUGGCGCCAGUUGCUCGUACCCAGCCUUUGGCUGACAUCAGCAAACACAGGAAUCCCUCCAGCUACCCUCCUGAAGGAAUAUUUCCUAACCCACCAAACUUUGAAAUGUUUAAGCCACAGUUCCCUACAAAACAGGCCCCAAAUUAUGUUGGCCCCAAUUUCGGAAACGUCAAUUUAGGAACGUCAACCCUCACUGGAAAUAACUUUGCAGGAAACGGCUCGGGAACUAGAAAUAUUUCUCCCAGUAAUGUACCAGGGAUGUCUCCGGGCGGGCCCUCUUUUCCAGGGGCCCAGGGAGUUGGAGCUCCAAAUAUAAGGACAAAUUUGGGUGGACCUAAUAUGUCGGGUCCCAAUCCAACGGCACCUGGUUAUUCAAGUUCAAACGUGAACUACCCUGGAACAAAUUUAAGAGGGCAGAAUAUGUGUGGGACAAAUUUCGGAGAGACUUACGCAGGUGGACUCAACAACGUAGGUACUGCUGUAGGUGCCAACUUCGGAGGGCCAAAUUUUGGUGGAAGUAACACAACAGCAAAUGGCGUCGGAGGAGGUUUUGGUGCCCUGAAAAGUCCAACGCAGAAUAUCGCGGGCUCGUUUUGGACAGGCCAGAACAACUUUAAUAACAUGUACAACUAUUCUACACCUGGAGGGACGCCAUCUCCCGUCAGUAGUCCCCCAGGUAACCAGACUUUACCGCCACCCUACCCCGCUGCGGCCAGGUUUACGAAUUCAAGUCAGUACGCUAACUAUAAUCAACAAUUUCAAGGGAAUUCUAACUUGCAGAACAAUUAUGUUGUACCACAACAGAGUGGAAAUUUCUCGGAUUCUAAGUUUUUUCCUGCUACCCCUCAACAGCCACCUCCCCCUUAUCCCUCGGGUAAUUCGCUCAAUGCAAACUUCUACGGGAACAGAACACAGGAAGGUAACGUUACGGGAAACCAGUGGACGUAUCCCGAGGGUUACGGGUAUUAUCCCGGUCAAGGCAAUGCAGCGGGACAGAGUUUUUAA